AUGGUUGACGAGUACAAACAAGCUUUGGGCACAGAAAUUAGUUGGCCAGCAUUCACUUCAACAUCGAAAGAUCCACAAGUGGCUGAGUGUUAUAAUGGUAAUACACUUUUUGUUAUUUCAAUGGAAGAGACUAAGAAGGAGAGAAGUGACAUUUCUUCCAUUUCACAUUAUCCAGAUGAACAAGAAGUACUAUUGCCACAACAUUCCAGCUUUGAAAUUGAAAAAGUAGAGCACAAUGUGGAAAGUGGAACAUAUUUAAUUGAUUUGAAAGCACUUCCUUGA